UUUAAUUAAUACGUUUCUAUAUAGCCAGAGCAACACUAAGUCGAUAAUUUAAUAAUUCCCAUUUAAUUUUUCUCUUUAAAUUUUUACUACUACAGUUGUACGUACACCGUACAACAUUACAGUGUUUUUUUCAGAUUUAUAAACGACUAUUCAAUUUAUCAUCAUGCAAAAAAUCGCCAUUUUUCUCACAGCAAUUAUUCUCUUGGAAAUAUCAUUGGUCAGCCAAGGUAAACCACGUCCAGGAGGUGGAGAAGGUUCGACACAGCCGCAAGGCUCACAAAAUGAAACGAAUUUGAAGCCACCGACAUUUGUAACACCGGAUAUGCUUCAUAAGGAGCCAAAUGAAAAUGCAAAGAAGAUGGCCCAAAUAUGUGCGAAUUGUCUAGAGAAGUGUGCAAAUGCAAGCGAAAAAGUUGUGUGUUGCUUACCUUACUAUUGUUGUACAAAAUGUGGUUGCUUUGAUCCGGUUAUAUUGCACCUUUAGGUUCACAUCGCAUCGUUGAUAAUCAUAGGAAAAGAUCCAGAGGUGUCAUAUGAAUAUACAAUUUCUUUCGAAUUCAAUAUAAUCAUUAAUCAAAUUCUGCAUAAAAUUUAUCAAAACCAAAAUUAUAUAUUUCACUGAAUCAUAAUAAAACUUUUACCAUUCGACUAAU